AUGAGGUGGAUCGUGUUGCUGUCUGUGUGUCUACAUGUCAUCUCUGCGACGUUUGAUUACAUCUAUGAGGAGCACUCCUUUAUGGACCCGGAGGAUGUGCUGAGUGUGAGCAUUCCUCUGGAGGAACCACAGCGACCUCUACUGGGAGCAACCAUCGUACUGCCAUGUUACUUUGAGGACCACACUGUCCCAGACCCCGGAGCCCCCACCAUCGCUCCCCUUGCUCAUCGCAUCAAAUGGAGCCUCGUCACCAAAGAAAAAGUCACCACUAUCCUGGUGGCCUUGGAAGGAGAGGUGCGCAUCAGCGAGAGCUACCUGGACAGAGUUCACCUGGUGGGAUACCCCAUGACCUCUACAGACGCCAGCAUCAAGAUAUCUGAGCUGAGGUCCAGUGACUCGGGGGCCUUCCGCUGUGAGGUUCAGCACGGCAUCGAGGACAGCCACGACACCGUCCAUGUGCAGGUUCAAGGUAUUGUGUUCCACUACCGGGCCAUCAUGGGACGCUACAGUUUGACUUUUGAGAAGGCGACAGCAGCAUGUGCACAGAACAAUGCGGUCAUGGCUUCACCUGAGCAGCUUCAAGCAGCCUACGAUGAUGGAUUCCACCAGUGUGACGCCGGCUGGCUGUCUGACCACACAGUCAGGUACCCAAUCCGUGAUCCGCGUGUGAACUGCUAUGGUGACAAAGAGGAUCUGCCCGGGGUCAGGACGUACGGAGUGAGAGACCUCAAUGAGACGUAUGAUGUCUACUGCUUCGCUGAGAAGAUGACAGGCAGAGUUUUCUACACCGCCUCAGCAGAAAAGUUCACCUUCUCUGAAGCCGUGGUGGCCUGCUCCAAUCAGGGAGCUCAGCUAGCCACCACAGGUCAGCUCUACCUGGCCUGGCAGGGCGGGAUGGACGUCUGUAACGCCGGCUGGCUGGGAGACAGGAGCGUCCGCUACCCCAUCAACAUCCGUCGGAAGCAGUGUGGAGGGGGGCUGCUGGGGGUGCGAACUGUUUACCUCCACACCAACCAGACAGGAUACCCACUUCCUGAAUCCCACUAUGACGCCUUCUGCUACACAGAGUCCCCUGAUGAGGAAGGUUCGGGCAUCAUAGAGGAAGGAAGUGGCGUGCUGAGUGUUACGGCGGUGACGCAGAGCCCAGAGGUAUUCUUCAGGAGGACGACCACAGAGAGCGAGGCGAUCGGAGAGGUGGAGACUCAGCAGCCGACGGUGGUGGACUUCACCUACACAGAGAGCCCUACUGAGCUGCCGCUGCCUCAGCCACCAAACGUCACUGAGAUCAUCACUGACCUGAUCGAGGCAGCCACCGCCCGGCCCGACACAGGCAGAGAGCUCAGCAGGGCCUUUGUGAUUCCUCCCACUGGUGUGGUCUUCCAUUACCGCUCAGGCUCAGGCCGUUAUGCCUUCACCUUCGUGGAGGCCCAGCUGGCCUGUCAGAGUGUCGGAGCCUCCAUGGCCACGCCAGAGCAGCUGCAGGCGGCAUAUAAGGCUGGAUAUCACCAGUGUAACGCAGGAUGGUUACUGGACCAGACUGUAAGGUAUCCCAUUGUUUCACCUCAAGAGAAGUGUGCUGGAGAUCUGGGUGAGCAACCUGGAGUUCGGUCCUAUGGUUUGAGGCCAGCAGAUGAGAGAUAUGAUGUGUACUGCUACAUCGAUGGGCUCAAAGGUGAGGUUUUCCAUGUGGGCUCUGCUGAGGGUUUCACCUAUGAUGAGGCUGCUUCCAGUUGUCACGAGCAGAACGCUGUACUGGCCUCCCCUGGAGAGCUCUACGUAGCCUGGAAAAUGGGCUUUGACAAGUGCCGCGCCGGCUGGCUAGUGGAUGGCAGCGUCCGCUAUCCUAUCAACAACCCUCGCACUGAGUGUGGGUCCGGGAGAUCAGGAGUGCACACUGUGCACACUCACAACAACCAGACAGGCUUCCCUGGGCUUAACGACCGAUUUGAUGCAUACUGUUUCAGAGCUGAUAUACAGCUUAUUGCAAAUGAAACUGGACUGAACAUCACGGAUAUCGAGGAGGCUCUCCUUAACUUAACAUCAAUUACUGAUUUGUUGAGACCCGCUGUUCCUUCCAUCGUCUCACCCAUCCCUGUGGAGACUUCGGGAUCUGGCUCAGGCUCUGCAGACUUUGGCUCAGGCUCUGCGGUUGAUGGUUUCUCUGGAGGUCCUUCUGGAGACUUGUCUGGUUCUGGAGACGGGGUAAUAUCUGGAGACCUGUCAGGUUCUGGAGAUCUAUCUGGCUCUGGAGACGGGGUUAUUUCUGGGGACUUGUCUGGUUCUGGGGACUUGUCUGCUUCUGGAGACCUGGCCGGCAGUGCAAGUGCUGAGCUGCCCAGUGGAUCAUCAGGUCUCGGCAGCGCAGAUGCUUCUGGAUCAGCUCUCAGUGGAGAAGGAUCCGGCAUCACUGUUGUUUUUUCGGGCAUCGACAGCAUUGUCUCUGGAGAGGGCUCCGCUUCAGGAGGAUUCCAAGAAGCUGGAGAGGGAAGCGCAGAGAUCCUUAUCUUCCCCUCAUCUGGAGCAGGCUCUGGAGUUCUCAGUGGUAGCGGGGACCUGUCUGGAUCUGGUUUCGGCUCUGCAGAGAGCGGCUCCUCCACAGACAGCUCUGGGGGAAGUGGACAGUUCGUGGACUUUUCUGGGUUCAGUGGUUUCCCAUCAGGAUUCUCCUCAGGAAGUGCCAGCGGACAGUCAGGAGACCUUUCAGGAAGUGGAGACACUCGGAUCUUAUUGAUAGAUGGUGAACUGAUCGAUGCAUCGUCCACCCCUACCACCCAUAGGGAGUACGAGCUUGGUGGAGGCCAACUGGCAUUCAGUGGCUCUGGAGACUUUUCUGGAUCUGGGUUUCCCAGUGGCGAUCUCAGCGGUUCAGCCUCUGGAAGUGGUUUUGGGUUCACCUCAGGUGUGACCUUUGUUGGGUCAGGGUUAACUGAGCUUACAGUGUCAUCUUCUGGAGAGCAGGAGGCCUCUGGGUUUUUACUCUACAGCUCUGGACAGGGAAGUGGUACACAUUUGUCCGGAUUUGGAAGCGAAACUUUCAUCUCUGGGUCUGGAUCAGGAAUGUCUGGAUCUGAGUCCUCAGCGAGCGGAGAAGAAGGUAGUGUUACGUUCUUGAGCGGGGAUUUUUUGACAGAGGCAUCUGGAGACGCUACACUGUCUAUGGAGCUCGGACAGGGGUCAGUAGAGUACAGUGGAGAAGGAAGUGGUAGCAGCAGUGGCUUCUACUCUGGCAGCGGAGACACACACUCAUCCACAGCCAGCGGCUUUUCCUCAGGCGCUUCCUCUGGAGAUCUGCCACAGGUGGUGCUGUCCUCUCCAUCAAGUGAGUGGGCUCCGACAGAGAGCACCGCAGGAGCAGAGGAGGCCCGUAGUGGGGCUGAACUGUCAGAGACCCCUGGUGACAUCUAUGGGACUCCUCACCCUGUGCUUGCUCCUGCAGGACUGGCUGCUCCUCCCACUGCAGCUUCACCAGCCUCUGUACAGACACCAGGCACUGCUGAAGGAACUCAUUCAGUGGAGGGUGGUUUAAACCCAUGUGAGCCCAGCCCCUGUGGUGCUGCCUCAUGCACAGUAGAGGAUGGUGUUGCUGUCUGCCACGUGUCACCCGCCCCCUUUCUUGCAGAGGUAGAUGUGUGCCAUCCCAACCCUUGUGCCAAUGGAGCCACCUGUGUGGAGAGUGCAGACUCUUACAAAUGCUUAUGCCUGCCCAGCUACGGAGGGGAACGCUGUGAGAUCGAUGAGCAGCAGUGUGAAGACGGUUGGACUAAGUUUCAGGGGAACUGCUACCUGCACUUCUCUGACAGAGAGGUGUGGCUGGACGCAGAGCAGCGCUGCCGGGACCUGAACGCCCACCUGGUCAGCAUCAUCACCCCGGAGGAGCAGGACUUUGUCAACUCUAACGCACAGGACUACCAGUGGAUCGGGCUGAAUGAUAAGACAGUAGAGAAUGACUUCCGCUGGACAGACGGCACUCCUCUGCAAUACGAGAACUGGAGGCCGAACCAGCCGGAUAAUUACUUCAACUCUGGAGAAGACUGUGUGGUGAUGAUCUGGCACGAGAACGGCCAGUGGAACGACGUGCCCUGCAACUACCACCUGCCGUUUACCUGCAAGAAAGGCCCAGUGUCCUGUGGCUCCCCGCCAGAGGUGGAGAAUGCCCACAUGUUUGGUAACAAGAGGGAGGAAUACCCUGUCAACUCCAUCAUCAGGUAUCAGUGCAACCCAGGGUUCACACAGCGCCACCCUCCUGUGGUUCGCUGUAAAGCAGACGGACAGUGGGAGAAACCUCAGGUGGAAUGUACAGACGUGAAAGCCAGAAGAAGACGACAGCGGAGGAGCAGCAGGAGUCCAGGAGCCAGCAGCAAGGAGAUGCAUCUUCCAUUUUAG